GGGCAUGCUGAGCAUAGUCUCUCAUGCAUGAAGAACUACUUGCAAGCUGGAAAGUUGUGCGAUGUGACACUCAUUGCAGGAAACAAUGGAAAAAGGGUGCAAGCUCACAGGUUGGUGUUAUCUGCUGCCAGCGAAUAUUUUGCUGCAAUGUUUACUGGGAGUCUGAGUAACGCCGAUGAAACUGAAAUAACUCUAGGAGAUGUAAACGGGGAAGUUCUACAAGCCGUUGUAAACUAUUGUUAUACAGGUUCCAUAGAAAUAAGGGAAGACAAUGUAGAAACCUUAUUAUCAACAGCAUGUCUUAUGUUGUUACAUGAGGUAGUGGAGGCUUGUUCAAGAUUCCUUGCUCAUCAGUUACAUCCAAGUAACUGUUUGGGUAUAGCAGUAUUUGCUGAACAUCAAGCAUGUACGAGUCUAUUGCAAGAAGCCAAUGCAUAUACUAGUCAGCACUUCAUGCAGGUCAUACGAAACCAAGAAUACCUACAGCUGAAUGUAGAACAAAUGGCAAGUUUAUUGAGUAAUGAUGACCUUAAUGUUUCAUCGGAAGAACAUAUAUUUCAAGCUUUAAUGUGUUGGAUCCAACAUGAUCCAGAAAAUCGUCGCCAGCAUAUUGGUUAUCUUCUUGGAUUAGUUAAAUUGCCACUUUUGUCGCCAGCCUUCUUGACUGAUCAGGUUGAACCUGUAACUGAAGGUGAUCCCGUUUGUCAAAAACUUAUCAUGGAUGCCAUGAAGUGGCAUCUUCUUCCUGAAAGAAGACCACAGAUGGUGUGUUCUCGAACAAGACCUCGAAAAGCAACAUUGGGGAAAUUAUUGGUUGUGGGAGGAAUGGAUAAAAACAAAGGGGCUACUACUAUUGAAAGCUAUGAUCCAAGAUGUGAUGUUUGGACCGUAGCUCAUCAUAUGAGUGGUAGGAGGUUACAGUUUGGAAUAGCUUUGAUGGGUUUUAAAUUACUAGUGGUUGGGGGUAGGGAUGGCUUGAAGACUCUCAACACAAUGGAAUGUUUGGACAUGGAAACUGGAUCUUGGGCACAAUUGUCUCCUAUGAAUACACACAGACAUGGUUUAGGUGUGGCUGUUUUAGGAGGAACCUUAUAUGCUGUUGGUGGGCAUGAUGGCUGGAGUUAUCUAAAUACUGUUGAAAGAUGGGAUCCAGUUGCCCGUAACUGGCAAUACGUUGCACCAAUGCAGAAUCAGCGCUGUUCUGCAGGAAUAGCCGUUUUAGGUGGUAAAUUGUACGCUGUAGGUGGUAGAGAUGGUGCCGCUUGUUUGCGAACUGUUGAAUGUUAUGAUCCUCAUACAAAUAAAUGGACUAUGGUUGCAGCAUUAUCAAGGCGAAGGGGAGGAGUUGGAGUUGCGGUAACAAAUGGCUUCUUGUAUGCAAUGGGUGGACAAGAUGCACCGGCCAAUAAUCCCGCAGCCUCGAGGUUUGACUGUGUUGAGCGAUACGAUCCUAGUACAGAUAGCUGGACAUCAGUAGCCCCACUAUCAAGUAAACGUGAUGCCGUCGCUUCCUGUCUGUUUGGAGAUAAACUUAUCGCAAUUGGUGGAUAUGAUGGAGGACACUAUUUACGUACUGUUGAACAGUAUGACCCUAUUAGUAAUGAAUGGAAUACUUUAGCACCCUUGAUAACUGGUAGAGCUGGUGCAUGUGUGAUUGUUAUAAAUAAUGGUGUCAAUCUAAAUGAGUGAUAACAAUAUUUUCGUUUUUCAUCUGAACUGAAAAAUGGUGAAAUUGCAUUUAUCUUUCAAGACUGAUAAUAAAAAAUGGACUCAAAUCUUUGUCUAGGGUAGAUCAUUUUUAGAUGUUUGUAAUAAUGAUUUUUUACAUUGGUGAAAUACCGCUCCAUAAACAUUUCACUAAAGUAUUUAAAUAAGUAUAAGAUCACUAAAAUAUGAUAAUAAUGUCCCUUGGCCAAAUUUAUAAUUUUUUUCAGUAUUUCGAGUCUUAUGAAGGUUGAAAUGAAAAUAAGGGAGGUAGAUACCCAGUAGUUCUAGUUCAAGACAUAUCAUGAACACCCACUUCUGUGGUAUUCUUUUGCUGUAAAAUAGAAAUGUAAAUCAGCUUAUCCAAAAAUAUUUCUAGUUUAAAUUCAAUUCCUACUAUAUAUUUUCUGUAAGGUUUUUUCAAUUCGAAAUUUUAAUAAAAUCUCAAUUUUUU